CAAGCAUUUAGUUCGUAUUAGAAAUUAUUGUGAAAACAGAAAAGAUGGCUCGGCUAAGCUACAUUGUAAUGGUCAUCAGUAUUUCACUGAUGUGUGUCUUUGCACAGGAGCAGUACGAUAAUAAAUACGACGAUAUCGAUGCAAUGGUUAUUCUCGAAGACUCUAAGCAGCGAAAUGAAUGGUACAAUUGUUUUAAGAAAACGGGACCAUGCUUGACACCAGAAGCAGCAUUUUUUGGAGAAAUUCUCCCUGAAUCUUACCAGACUCAAUGUCAAAAAUGUACUGAUAAGCAAAAACUAUUGCUGGAAACAAUAACCGAAUGGUAUACAAAAAAUGAACCUGAAAAUUGGCAUUCUCUUGUUGCAAACAUUGAAGUAGUUCACAACUAACGGUGGUCAAUAAAAAUGGUUGCUGAUGCUGACAAUAAAUGCUUAUGAUCAAUGGAAGAACGACUUGGAAUCACGAAGUUAUAAUUAUCCAUAAAAUUAAAAUUUUAUAUCUAGAGAUGUUUAUAUUUCUUUAUUCAGAGAAAAUGAAAAACUCGGUAUUGCUUUGUACUAACACUUGCACUGUAGUAUUAUAUUACUGGAAUAAAAUAUAAGAAUGUAAUAAUUCUAA